CGCCCACAUCAAUUCGCUCGACCACAAGUCUUCGACAUCAUUUUCUUCACAUUACGAGAUAGCAACCAUGACAUGCGAGAGCAUGGCGCAAAAUGACUCGAACAAAUUGACAGUGAUCAUUGUCGGUCUUGGCAUUGCAGGGCUGAGUGUUGCUAUCGAAUGCCAUAGCAAGGGACAUAAUGUUAUGGUUUUUGAGAAGUAUGAGGAGCUGAAACAGACGGAAGGAGACGGAAUCAGCAUUGGCUCCAACGGAGCUCGAGUGACUGCCAAAUGGGGCGAUGGUGCCUUCCACGAAUUAAUCCGCCCGUUGGAGUUCCAGACCAACAGAGCCAAAGUGUUUGAUUACACUGGCUAUUGUUAUGGCACGUUCGAGCUCCAUGGAUACAACGAGGGCCGCGGUUAUACAGUCAACCGUGGAGCACUAGUGUCCGCCAUGCACCAGUACGCCCAGAGCCUUGGCAUUCCCAUCGCCCUGGGCUCUGAAGUCACCAAGUACUGGGAGACAAAAGACGAGGCUGGAAUUGAAGUCGAUGGUAGACGAAUCUCGGCCGACUGUGUCAUCUGCGCCGAAGGAAUCCACAGCCAGGGCCGACUGAGCAUUACCGGCCAGCAGAUGAACCUGCAGGAGACUGGCUACGCGGCUUCUCGAGGGUACCUGGAUGCUCAAGUCGCGGCUUGCAGUCCGAGUCUGAGUUGGAUUCUCAGUGAGGAAGAAUCGGGAUCCGAGGACUGCAUCUAUGGUUGGCUUGGACCCGGAGUCCACUUCGGAAUCACGACUAAGAAGAAGGACAAUGAGCUGUUCUGGUACUGCUCGCAUAAGGCCGCCAGUACUCCGUCCCAGAACGACGAUGAAACAAUGAACCAGAUUCUGCAGUGCAUGGAUGGUUGGGCAGUACGAGACCAACUCGAGGCAGUUAUCAAAGGGGUGAUGAGUGGUCGAUUUAUCUCGGAGAAUCUAGCCCUUCGCACUCCUUUGACUACCUGGUUGUCGCCCAAGCGCCGCAUGAUCGUGGUGGGUGAUGCGGCGCACGCGGCGCUCCCGUCCAGCGGACAGGGAGGUACCCAGGCUAUCGAAGACGCCGCCACACUUGCGAUCGCCCUUGACUUGGCGGGGAAAAAGGAUGUACCAUUGGCGCUGUCAGUCACGGAGAAGAUCCGAUACCGGCGUGCUCAGAUCGUCCAGCAAGGUGGCCUGGCGGUGUUGCAAUUUGUGAUGAAUCAUGUCGACUUCGACGCGUUGCGGCAGGACCCGACGAUGGUGAAGCCACCGCACCCGGCGUGGAUUCUGGACCACGACUGCCAGGAGUACGCUUUGAAGGAGUUCUCAAAAGUGGCAGAAGCGGUGCGAAAUGGUCAGGAGUAUGUGCCUUGCAACAUUCCUAGUGAUGGGCGAUAUCGGAUGGAGUAUGAUAGUAAAUAG